AUGCACUUCGCAAGGCUCCUAUCGCUGUCGCUCCUCCCAGCGAUAGCAUAUACACAACAAGCGCCGAUAGAUGUGCGGGAAGCGACCAUCUCAAGUCUCCACGGCCCACUAUACUCCGGACUCACGACAUGUCGGGAGAUCGUGAGCGCAUUCAUAGCCCGGGUUGAGCGCUUCAAUCCCGACGUGAACGCAAUCAUCACUCUGAAUCCCGAAGCGCUCGACAUCGCCAACAGCCUGGACGAGGCUCUGUCCCAGGGCAAUGCCACCGGUCCGUUAUUCUGCAUCCCGAUCCUGCUGAAAGACAACUACGAUGCCGUGCCCAUGCCGACGACGGGCGGGUGUCUGGCACUGAACGGCUCCACGCCGACGCACGACAGCCCGGCCGCGCUGGCGCUGCGGCGCGCGGGGGCCGUGAUUUUGGGGAAAUCGAACCUGCACGAACUGGCGCUCGAGGGCAUAUCGGUGUCCAGCCUAGGCGGCCAGACGUUGAACCCGUACGACCAUUCACGCACACCGGGCGGCAGUUCCGGCGGGACGGGCGCGGCGGUUGCGUCGUCGUUCGCCGUGUUCGGCACGGGCACCGACACGGUCAAUUCGCUGCGCAGCCCGGCGAGCGCCAACAGCCUGUUCAGCUUCCGGCCGACACGGGGCCUGAUUUCGCGCGCCGGCGUCAUCCCCAUCUCAUAUACGCAGGACACGGUCGGUGCGAUCGCAAGAUGUCUGGCGGACCUCGCGACCGCGCUGACCGUCAUGGCCGGUAUCGGCUACGACGCAGCCGACAACGCGACGUCCGCGCAACCGCCCACGGUCGCGGGCACAGACUAUACGACGUACGUGACGCCCGCGGGUACAACCAGUCUCGUCGGCACACGCGUCGGCGUGCUCGAGGGCUUCUUCAACCGCACCAGCACCAACGAGACCGACCCUGUGAACGAGGCCAUGAACAAUGUCGUCUCCGUGCUCCGCGCGCAGGGCGCCACCGUGGUCACCAUCACCGACACAGCCACGUACAACGCGACGGCGAUCAGCGCGCAGAUGGACGUCCAGCAACUCGAAUACCGCGAACUGCUCAGCGGCUAUCUCUCCUCGCCGAACCUGACGGGCGCCCGACCGCAGACCAUGCCCGAGCUGUACAGCACGCCCGACGAAUUCCUCGUCAUCCCCGCCCAGUACUCGUACGUCGAAACCGCCGUCCGCUCGUCCACUUCCAACAGCAGCUACAGCAGCAAACAGACUCUGAUCGCGAACUUGACUCGCGCCCUGUACGCCACCAUCGUCUCCAACAAUCUCGACUGUCUCGUCUAUCCGGAACAGAAGAACCUGGUCGUCCCCGUCGGCUCGGCGUCGCAGUCCGGCCGAAACGGCAUCCUCGCAGCCCUGACCGGCAGCCCCGUCAUCACAAUGCCCAUCGGGUUCUCGCCAUCCACUGCAUCGGCCCCGAUCGGGAUUCCCAUCGGAAUGGAGAUUCUCGGUCUGCCGUGGACCGAGGGGCCCUUGCUCCGCAUAGCCAAGGGUAUUGAUGACCGCUUACACGCACGGAAGAUGCCCGUGACCAACGGAAUGAAUGAGACUGUCGAGGUCACGGCAGCGUAUACCCAGGUUCCGCGCAUCACGCCGUUGAGGAACAUCCCCAGUGCUUAUCCUUUGGGCGUGUACUGA